CACGUGUGAAUUAACCAGUGAAUGGCUUUCGAAGGCCCGGGCUAUCACGAUUAGAACUGUUUUAACUUAUCAAUGCGUUGAUAGUCAAUACUUGUUUGUCAGUUAACGUUAGCCCUACCGUUCAUAUCGGUUGUGUAGUAGAAUCUCCCUUACCAUGCCUAAAAUAAAAACAUUAAAAACGUCAAAAAGAUCUACACCAAUAAGAAAAACUAAAUCAUUGAUGUUGAAGGAUUCGUCAAAGUUUGCAGAAAAUAUAAACAGCCCCGUUUCUCCUUAUGAUGAAGUAAACAGUAUCAUUUCUCCUGGACGUUGCACUAAAUCACCACGAACCAGAAAAAAUAAAAUAACUUUGAAAUCGAACUCGAGUAAUUCCCAGAAAACCAGCGUUCAAUUAAACGGUCCAGGUUUGCCUGAAGCAAAAACGUUAAAAAGAAGAUCCACACGAACAAAACAAUCAAACUGUAGUCAAGCUUCUUCUAAUGUUAAAUUAGACACUGCGAACACAUCUAGAGUAAAAUCAAUAAAAACAUUUCGGGGCUCUCUACGAACAAGAAAUUCUUCGACAUUGAAGUCAAAACAUUUACCAAACGCAGAGAAAGAAAAGAGUCUAUUUGAUGAAGAUGGCCCCGUUUCUGGUGCUGAAGUAAAGAGAUCUGUUUCUCCACCUGUCAACCAAAUUGGACCUCUCGUUGAAGUAUACAGCCCAAUUUGUUCGCAAGUUUCUCCAUUAAAGAUCGCCGGAUCAUCUGGCACCAAACCUUCACUGGCUGUCCAGAAAUUGUUUAAAUUAAUCAAAUCGAAAUAUUCGACUGCUGCUAACAAGGAAUAUGCGGCAAGUCUCAAACAGUUAAUGGGAAUUGAAUUCCUGGGAAUAAGAUCAUCUGACAGACGCGACAUGAAUAAAAAGAUUUUUGAAGCCCAUCCAAUAUUGAUUCAUCCAGAUAUAUAUCAGUUAUUUUAUUUAUUAUGGCAAGAAGAAGAAAGAGAUUAUCAAUGUUUUGUAUUAGAUUAUUGUGAUAAAUAUAUUAAACAUAUAAAUCACCCAGACUGGAAUGAUCAAAAUUUACAAGUACUUAAACAUUUGAUUGCAAAUAAAAGUUGGUGGGAAACGGUCGACCAGUUGGCUAGAGUUGUUGGAAUAUUGGUAUUAAGUGAUAGAGAGAAGUAUUCUCAACUAAUGGAUGAAUGGAUAUCUGAUGAUAAUAUGUGGAUUAGAAGAACAGCUAUAUUACAUCAAUUAAACUAUAAACAUAAAACAGAUACUGAUAGACUGUUUAGAUAUUGUUUGAAAUGUGCAAAUGAAAAAGACAAUAAUUAUAUCCAGAAAGCUAUCGGGUGGGGUUUGAGAAACUAUUUCCGUAUUGAUCCAGAACUUGUCAAAAGAUUUAUUUCUAAAAAUCAGUUAAGACUUACCACCCUAAGUGUUCGGUUUGCAUUAAGGUAUGCUUAACAUAAAGAACAUUUUCCAACUAGCUGGAAUUCAGAACGGAGAAAUGUGAAAUUUAAAUGGCAUGUCUCUCACCAAAAA